UGCGUCCGAUUGGUGUUGCCGUUGCCUUUUUUGUGUCGUACGCGUUUCGUUCUAGUCGCGAUCGUGUUGCUUUUUUUCUCGUUAAGCCAACGGUAAAACGACAGCCACAAUUGUUAUCGAUAAGUUGCCAAAUUCAAAGCCAAGUCUGUCUGUCUGCCAAUUAAAGUGUAAAGUGCAAAAGAAAUGUCGCAUUGCUGUUGUUGUUGUGCUUGUUGUUGAAUUAUAAAAAAAUGGAUAACGAUAUACAGACGACAGACAAUCAUCGCGGCUCAGUGUCGUCGAGCAAAUCACUAGAGUUGCCUGUUACCCCCUCGCGCUCACCCAAAAAGGUGUCCUUCUCGGAUGAGCUGCCCAGCAGCAGCAACACAAGUGCGCCCGUGCUGGAGACAGAGCCCAGCGGCAUUAGUCAUGUGCUACAGUCCGCUGUGCAGUAUUUGGAGCGCAUGCAUGGCUCACGCGAGUUUCCUGUGGAGGAGACGCCGACGCUGGCUGUGGAGCCCGCAGCUGUGCUGGAUUUGGAUGCCGUAUCCGUGCGAAUGGAGUCGCCCACAUUGCUGGCAGCUAGCUCGCCUAGCAUACUGAUUGCGGAUGGUGACAACGGCAAGCAGGAAGUAGCGCAUGAGCCGCAAUCGAAUUUGUACAUGGAGCGAUACAAGCUUAAUUUAGAUAAAAACUGCAGCUCCAUGGAGCUAGAAGCGCGACGCGAGAAGCAGCGCUGGCUCUUGAUAUCGGAGUGCAGCGCUCGCUUUGGCGAGGGAAAACAUACACGUGAGGCAUUUCGCAAACUAUUUCUGGAUGAGGAAUUUCAGCAGAAGCUCUUUCAACUAUUCGAUCUCGAGCGUAAUGGCUACUUGCUCCAAGACCGCUGGAUCGAGCAUCUCAAGGGGCGACUCACCGACGAUCGCCAAAUGGAUUUUGCCGAGCAAAUUGAAUCGGUGGCUUAUGUUAUUUGCGGCGAGAAGAGCCAAGUUAGCUUUAAGAACUUUCGCGAUAUCUGGCAUACGCGUGGUAUAUUAGAUAAGCUGUAUCGUCUGAUAGACAACGAUGGCACCAAUCUCAUUUCAACCAAUCAGGUGAUGGAGUUUAUUUCACAUCUGACUAACUCUAGACCACGCACUGGCUUUGACAAGAGCUCGCUGGCGCGCUUGGAGCAGCUCUUUCGCAAUACUGUGGGCAAUGAGCAGGAAAUACGACGCGAGGAGUUUCAAAAGAUUGUCACCUCCAAGAAUCCCUUCUUUACCGAGCGCGUCUUUCAAAUCUUUGACAAGGACAACUCUGGCUCCAUAUCGCUGCAGGAGUUCAUAGAUGCCAUACAUCAGUUCUCAGGACAAUCGGCUGAUGAUAAAAUACGUUUUCUUUUCAAAGUCUAUGAUAUAGAUGGCGAUGGUCUCAUACAGCACAAGGAGCUGCAUGAUGUGAUAAGGCAUUGUAUUAAGGAGAAUGGCAUGGAGUUCUCUGAGGAUCAGAUUGAGGAUCUCACCAGUGCCAUGUUCGAGGAUGCGGAUCCACACAAUAGUGGCGAGAUUACCUAUGAGGCGCUCAAAAAUCAACUGCAUAAGCAUGGCGGUCUACUCGAAAAUCUCAGCAUAACCAUUGAUCGCUGGCUGGUGCCCAUAGCUGAGGAGCGGCCGGCAAGCAAUAAAAAAGAAGGACUGUGGAAUAAAAUACCUCAUCAGCUAACGCUGGCGUAUAUGAAGAACAAUCAGGUGUUUGUCACCUAUCUCUUCUUCUAUAUAGCCGUCAAUCUGUGCCUGUUUAUAUCGCGUGCCAUACAAUACAGAGCGAGCAAUGGAUUUGUUAUCAUAGCCAGAGCUUGUGGCCAAUGUUUGAACUUUAACUGCGCUUGGGUCUUGGUGCUGAUGCUGCGACACUCGCUCACUUAUCUACGCUCUCGAGGCUUAUCCUCCUUUCUGCCGCUGGAUCAUCACGUUUAUCUGCACAAGCUUACAGGCAUAACUAUAUCAGUGUUCAGUCUGGUGCACACCAUAAUGCAUUUGUUCAACUUCUCCAUCAUUGUUAUAAAUGAUCCGCUGAUCAAUGCAGGACAUUAUACCAUAGGCGAAUGGCUGCUAACCGAUCGUCCGGGCUUGUUUGGACUCAUACCAGGCUGUGCUAAUCCAACAGGUGUCGCCUUGUUGGUCAUUUUGAUGGUCAUGUUCAUUUGCUCGCAGCCCUUUGUGCGGCGCAAGGGCAGCUUUGAGGUGUUCUAUUGGACGCACUUGUUGUAUGUGCCGUUCUGGAUUCUGUGCCUGUUUCAUGGUCCCAACUUUUGGAAGUGGUUCAUGCUGCCGGGUCUGGUUUAUAUUGUGGAGCGCGUGCUGCGCUAUGUUUGGAUGCGCGGUGAGCAUGGCAAGACUUAUAUAAGCUCGGGUCUGCUGCUGCCCUCCAAGGUAAUACAUUUGGUCAUCAAGCGUCCGUUCAACUUUAACUUCCGGCCGGGCGACUAUGUGUUUGUGAAUAUUCCCGCCAUUGCCAACUAUGAGUGGCAUCCGUUUACCAUAAGCUCUGCGCCCGAGCAGGAGGACUACAUGUGGUUACACAUACGCACCGUGGGCGAGUGGACAAAUCGCCUGUAUCGCUACUUUGAGCGUGAGCAGCAGAAACUGCACAAGGGCGAGACCAAUCAGCAUAUGCAUGCCAUACCCACGCCCAGCUUUAUGCUGCUCAACGAAUCACGCAAUCCUGCGCUGCUAGCGCAAUCCAAUCCCAGCUCAACGACACUGACGCCACAAACUGAUUUUCUGGCACGCAACAUGGUCAAUGUGAAUCUUAACGAGCAGUCACCGCCGGCGCGUCCACCCAGGCAUCAGCGUAAGCUGGUAGCAGCGCCCACUGAGCCGCCGGCGGGCACGGCGGGCGUGAAUCGCAUACGCAGCAUUAAGAAGACGCUGCAGCGCACGUUUUCGCGCAAGGAUGCGGCUGAGCCCAAGAGCAAGACUGUGGGCAUUGCCAAUGGCGCUUUUACGCACGAGCGCGAGGAGCGCGAGGAGCUGAGCCUCAAGCAGCGGCCGCUAGAGAAAAGCAUUUCACUGCCCGACAUCAGCAUGAAGAGCAAGAAGCGCAGUCGCCUCAAGACGCUGCGCAAUCUGGGACGCUCGGAGUCGGCGCGCACCUUUGAUGACAAGCGCAUGCGACGCGCACGCCACAACAGCGUGGGAUUGGCUUAUCUCAGUCCGCAGAACAAGUCGCUGGCGCAAAGUUUUCGCUACAUGCGCAACAAGCCCACGAUAAUAGCCUUCAAGACGCCCAGCAUGGAGCAAAGCGAGCCGCUGGCGCUCGGCGAGGCUAAUGGCGUGACUGAAGCCAACGCUGCUGAGCAGGGCCGUCUGUCCGAGAGUGGCGGCGGCGCCGAUAAGCUGCAGCUCACGCGUCUCAGUCUGGCCGGCACUGAGGAUAGGCCGCUGGAGGAUAACACAUACACGGUUGCGGGCAACAGAAAGUCGCGCUUGCUUCGCCCCACAUUCCUGCGCUCAUUGUCCACAUCCCUAACAAAUCGCACAGCUGGCAAUGGCGUCAGCGCGGGCGCUGCCAGCGGCGGCAGCUCUACAACUAAUAAUGGUGGCAAGGUUACACUUGAUGCCGGCGUCAUGGAGAUCUUUAUUGAUGGACCUUAUGGCGCGCCCUCGAGUCACAUUUUUGGUGCACAGCACGCAGUUCUGAUAGGCACCGGCAUAGGUGUAACGCCAUUUGCCUCCAUACUGCAGUCCAUAAUGCAUCGCUAUUGGAAGGCGCGUCAUAGCUGUCCGCGCUGUCAGUUCGAGUGGGCCAGCGAGAUACCCAAGUCUGUGAUGAAUCUGCGCAAGGUGGACUUCUUUUGGAUAAAUCGUGAUCAGCGCUCGUUUGAGUGGUUUGUUAAUCUGCUGUCGCAGCUUGAAAUCGAGCAGGCGGAGCUGGGUGGUGCCAUGGAAAGAUUUCUGGACAUGCACAUGUAUAUAACCAGCGCUUUGCAGCGCACGGAUAUGAAAGCUGUAGGACUGCAGCUAGCGUUGGAUUUGCUGCAUGAAAAGGGCAAACGUGAUCUUAUAACGGGCUUGAAGACGCGCACCAAUGCUGGACGUCCCAACUGGGAUAAGGUUUUCAAGCAGCUGCAGGCACAGCAAAAGGGCAAGGUCACCGUCUUCUAUUGUGGGCCACCGCAGCUGGCCAAGACGCUGCGCGUCAAGUGCGAUCAAUAUGGUUUCUCGUUCCGUAAGGAGUGCUUCUAAGCCAACAAACAAUGCCAUCCAUAAUCUUGUGUGUGUCCCCCCGCUAGUGUUAAGUCUUCGCUGUCUAUUUGUCAUUACUAAAGGGUUUACUGGUUUUUGGGCUUAGUUAUUCAUUUGCUAUUUAUUUGUCAUGUGUGUGUUUUUAUUUGUUGCCUCAUAUGUUAUGCGCAUGUCUCAAAGCUUGUAAAUAUCUUCUUAAAAAUAAAAUUAUAUUUUGUUACUCUAAGUAGC